GAACACUUGCACAUAAUUAACAGGUGGUCUUCACUGCAGAUUUGCACACAGCCCUGUGUACUAGCACAUGCACAUGUCAUAAACAUAGACUCUGGUUGCCGGGACUCCUCUGCCUAUCUGACUGACAAACAAGAAGAAGAAACAAGAAGAUGCUCUGGCUGAGUCUCCUGACUCUUCUGGUGCCCGGCCAGGUUCCUGUAAUGGGUUUGCCUUUCCACGCCCCAGAUCCUUCUACACCAUGCCAUGCUGGGCCAUCUGAGGCUGACCAGGAGUUUGCAGAGGAGUAUCUACGGCACUUCUAUGGCUACCAGCUUAAGUCGGAGAGACAGAGGAGGAGUGUGGACUCAGGCGGAGAUGCUGAUUGGAGGACUGGACUCUGCGAUAAGCUCCAGAACAUGCAACGCUUCUUUGGGUUACCUCCAAGUGGACAGUUGACCCAAGAGACUGUGGCGGUCAUGAAGAAGCCACGCUGUGGUCUGUCAGAUGUGGAGCGAUUUGAAGACACAAUACGAUGGAGGAGGAGAACCCUCAGCUACAGGAUCACUGGCUCCAACCUUCCCAUCUCUGCCUCCAAACUUCACAAAGUCUUCAGGGCAGCAUGGAAACUCUGGUCCAGCGUUGCACCGAUGAAAUUCCGCAAGCGGAGGAGGAGAGAGGCUGACAUCGUCAUCUCUUUCCACAACGGCGAUCAUAAGGACGGCUCACCGUUUGAUGGCAAAGGAGGAAUCCUGGCUCAUGCCUUUCUACCUGGGUCUGGAGUUGGAGGAGAUGUUCACUUUGAUGCUGAAGAAGCCUGGAGCUUUAAUUCUACUGGUUAUAACUUAUUUGCUGUGGCAGCCCAUGAGUUUGGCCACGCACUUGGCCUGCCCCACUCAUCCGACCCUGGAGCCAUCAUGUACCCCGCGUACAUCUUUGACCCCAGUUAUGAGCUGCGGCUCUCCUUCCGUGACGUCAAAGACAUCCAACGUCUGUAUGGUGUUAGCACCAAUUUUGCUUCACUGUUCUCAAAAACGCCUCCUCCAAGAACGCCGGACAAAUGUGAUCCGGAUUUGUCAUUCGAUGCUGUAACAGAAUUACAACAGGAGGUGCUGUUUUUCAAAGACAGAUUCAUGUGGCGCAAACAUCCUCAGUUUGAUGAAACUGGAAUCACUCUGAUAAACAGUCUCUGGCCAGACAGUGCUCCUCCCUCCCUGGAUGCUGCCUAUCAGAAUGUGCGAGAAAACCUGAUUGUGUUUUUUAAAGGACAUCAGUACUGGCUGCUGAGGCAGCAAGUCCUUGAGGAAGGUUUUCCCAGAAACAUCUCAGACCUGGGUUUCCCCUCCAGAGUAAAAUCUGUUGAUGCUGCUCUUCAUUUCAGAACUGACUCCUACACUGUGUUCUUCACAGGCCACGAGUGUUGGAAGUACAAUGAGCAGCAGAAGAUGAUGGAGGAGUCACCGGCUCUCAUAGAGCAGAUGUGGCCGGGGAUUCCAGCUCCGAUAGACGCUGCUGUCUUCUAUGAUGGAUUUGUGCACUUCUUCCAGGGAAACAUCCACUACAAAUAUGACUCCAACUCUAGACACGUCAUCUCCACCAGCGCCGCUAAUGAAGUGUUGGAUGCUAGAUUCAUUUUUAUAUACAACUUUGUUACACUAUGUAACAAAUACAUUGUUUUAUCAUUAAUUCAGUGUCUGUUUUGGGGAAUUUUUUCUGGUGGGAGAGCAAUCAAAGCCUCACUUCCUCUGUUGCCCAUAAAAGGCUUUACUGAGUCACUGACUCCUUCAGGUAGUUGCUCAACACUGCCAAUCCCCAGCCUUUAUAACGGCAGCCUGCAGCCCAGUAAAGUCACAGUCAACGACAACAUGAAGACUCUCAACCUGAGCAUUCUACUAAGCCUGGCAGUCGCAGUUUACUGUGUGCCAAUAUCAUACUUUACUGAGAAGGAUGAGAGUUUUGCAGAGAACUACCUGAAGAAGUUUUUCAACCUGACAGAGGAAAGUGGGCCAACCUUUAGACGAGGGAUCAGCCCUGUGAGCGAGAAGCUCUCUGAGAUGCAGAAGUUCUAUGGUCUCCCGGUCACUGGGACGCUGAACACUGACACCAUUGCCCUGAUGAAGAAGCCCCGCUGUGGCAUUCCAGACAUCAAGGUCGCUCGUUUCUCCACAUUUGGAGACCACAAGUGGCAGACGAACAGCCUUACCUACAGGAUUGAGAACUACACGCCUGACAUGUCCAGGUCAGAGGUGGACGAAUCCAUCGAGAAAGCGCUGCAGGUCUGGGCCAAAGUCAGUCCGCUGAGGUUCACACGCAUCUACAGUGGCACCGCUGACAUCAUGAUCUCCUUCGGGGCCGGAUCACAUGGAGAUGGUUACCCCUUUGAUGGCCCUGAUGGCACUCUGGCUCAUGCCUUCGCUCCAUCUAAUGGCAUCGGAGGAGAUGCUCAUUUUGAUGAGGAUGAGACCUUCACCUUUCGCUCCAACGAAGGCUACGUCCUCUUCAUGGUUGCAGCCCAUGAAUUCGGUCACUCCCUGGGCUUGUCUCACUCUGAUGACCCUGGUGCUCUCAUGUAUCCCGUGUACACAUACAGAAACCCUGAAACCUUUGUUCUGCCCCGGGACGAUGUCAACGGCAUCCAGUCUCUCUAUGGCCCCGGUGACAAGAACCCUAACCCUGAACCACCAGCCCCCACCACCCCUGAUGCCUGUGAUUCCUCCAUGGUCUUGGAUGCUGUUGCCAGCCUGAGAGGAGAGAUGAUCUUCUUCAAGGACAGCUUCUUCUGGCGCAUCUACCCUCAGAGCUACACGCCUCAGCAGAGUCUCAUCACAAACUUCUGGCCUGACGCACCCACCGACGUUGACGCCGCUUAUGAGAACCAGCAAUCAGACAGGCUCAUGCUCUUUAAAGAUCGCCAAGUGUGGGCCUACAACGCUUACACUCUGGAAACUGGAUAUCCAAAGUCCAUCUCCAGUUUCGGUCUGCCUGAAUCCGUGACGAAAAUCAAUGCUGCUUUCUAUGACGUGCACUCCGGCAAGACUUUCUUCUUUGUUGGCAACAAGUACUACAGGUAUGAUGAGGCCCUUGAGACUAUGGAUAAGGGAUUCCCCAAACGUGUUGAUCAGACCUUUAACGGAUUGAACGGCAUGGUGACGGCGGCUCAACAGUUCAGAGGUUUUACUUACAUCUACAGUGGAACUGACAUGUAUGAAUACAGCCUGAGGAGUGGGAGGUUGUUCCGCGUGCUCAGGAACAGCUACUUCUUGCCCUGCACUAAGUACUAGACCGGCUCAGUUAGCAAGCUUAAUGUAGCUUGUAGCUUAAUGAAGGCACCAAAGUAUCAUUAUUUUUUUUAGUGUAUAAUUAUAAUGUUACACAGUUACGGGUAUACUGGCGUUAUGCCUAUCCUGCGAAAGCACCUUAAAAGCACCUUACAUGUUGUUGUUUUUUUGUUUGUUUGUUUUGACAUUCUGUAAUGAUCAUUGUGAUCAUUUGGUUAUUUUGCUGAAGUUAAUUUAACUUUUUUUUUAUUUUAUUGAUGUAAUAUUCAGUCUUAAUUAAUUAUUUCUGUUGCUGUUUUUGUUGCUCGUUUUAAUUUUGUGUUUGAUGAAGAUUAACUUAAUCCAGUGGCUCUUAAACUCUUCAUUGAGCUCUUGAAGUAACAUUAUCGCCAACGUUUAAAUUACAGUGAUUACAAAUUCUUCGCUCCCCUCCGAUCACAUACCCUGGUCUAUACAGUAGAACUGUAUUUCUGUAUUUCCUAUAAGAAGCUUGCGUACCACUGGUGGUACAUGCACGGUUUGAAAACCAUGGACUUAAUCUAUAUUUGCCAUUUGUUUACAAAAAUGUAACACAGUAAGGAGACUGUGGAGUAUUUAUUGUCAAAAUAAAAGCCGUUCAAACCCA